AUGGUGGACCCUACUUUAGCAGAAAUGGGAAAGAAUCUGAAUGAAGCAAUGAAGAUGCUAGAAGACAAUCAAAGAAAAGUGGAGGAAGAAAAUGAAAAGAAGUAUGCACGGAAGGAUAUUCCUGGACCACUCCAAGGCAGUGGCCAGGAUAUGGUGAGCAUACUUCAGUUGGUUCAGAACCUAAUGCAUGGAGAGGAGGAAGAGGAAACCUCACAGACCUACCGACUUCAAAACGUUGGUGAACAGGGUCACAUGGCUCUACUGGGACAUAGUUUGGCUGCUUAUAUAUCAGUGCUAGACAGGGAAAGACUGAGAAAACUUACAACAAGGAUCCUUUCUGAUACUACUCUCUGGCUCUGCAGGCUGUUCAGGUAUGAAAAUGGAUCAGCAUAUUAUCAUGAAGAUGAUCGUGAAGGUCUCCUAAAAAUCUGUCGACUUGUUAUUCACACACGCUAUGAAGAUUAUACAAUAGAAGGAUUUAAUGUGCUAUAUUCUAAGCAGCCUGUCAUAUACAUUAGUUCUGCAGCUAGAACAGGCUUGGGCCAAGCUCUCUGCAAUCAGCUAGGGUUACCCCUUUCUUGUAUGUGCCAUGUGCCUUGUAACACUAUGUUUGGAUCUCAGCACCAAAUGGAUGUUGCUUUGUUGGAUAGAGUGAUUAAAGAUGAUGUCGAGUCUGGAAAACUACCUUUGUUGCUUGUGGCAAAUGCCGGUAAGUGCUGUGGACAAACAAUAAUUUAAAAAGCACUAUAUACUGUGAAUAUGUAUAAAAUCCAAAAUAAAAAUAUAUUAAACAGCUUAGUGGUUACAUGUCAAGAAGUAUCAGGAAAUAUAAUGACCACAAUAACUAUCUAACUAGAGGGGUAUUUAUUUAAUUGAUUUAAAGCUGUAUU